CUCGCCCCCCUCCCUCCCCCCCAGACCAUGGAGUUGGGCUGGGCGUGCAGCCACUCCGUCUGGCUGUGCUUCCUCGUCUGCCUCCUGAAGAGGCUCCUGCGCUGUGACCUGUUGCUGACUCCACGGCUGCUGCUGCAUGUGGGACUCGUGGUCCUGCUUCAGGCUGUCAGCCACCGCUUCCUGCCCCUGCCGCUCAGCGCUGCCCUCACUGGCACCGCCUGCUGGCUCGUCUUGGGAGGGGCCGCGCGCAGCCAGAGGAUCCCGGCUGCGGGGAAAGCCGUGUUCAUUACAGGGUGUGAUUCUGGCUUUGGAAAAGAGACGGCCGCUCACCUGGACUCCCUGGGACUUAAGGUCUACGCCAGCGUGCUGGACUUGAACGGCCCAGGGGCAAAAGAGCUGCGGCAGAGCUGCUCCUCCCAGCUGACCCUGCUGGAAAUGGACCUGACCAAACCUGAGGACAUCCAGAAAGCCCUGCACUUUAUCAAGGCUCAGACUGAGAGAGCAGGGCUCUGGGGCCUGGUGAAUAACGCCGGAUUCAACGAUGUCAUUGCUGACGCUGACCUGACUCCGCUACACAACUUCCGUGCUUGCAUGGAGGUGAACUUCUUUGGGGCCUUGGAGCUGACCAAAGGCCUGUUGCCUUUGUUACGUGCAUCACAAGGGAGGAUAGUGACAGUCAGCAGCCCAGCAGGUAAUUUGCCAUUCCCCUGCUUAGCGGCCUAUGGGACCUCCAAAGCUGCACUUAGCCUCCUCAUGGAUACCUUCCAGAGUGAACUUGCACCCUGGGGCAUCAAAGUGAGCGUCGUCUUUCCUGGGUAUUUCAAAACGGGAAGUACUUGCGAUCCCGAGUUCUGGAAGGGAAAGAAACAUCAGCUGCUCGCGGCUCUACCUCCUGACCUGCUGGAGGACUACGGGGAAGAAUACAUCGAGGAGAUCAACAAGCAGUUUGUCAUUUUCAUGAAGACAGCUGUCGAGGACCUCAGCCCCGUGGUGGACAGCAUAGCCGAAGGCCUCCUCUCCCCUCAGCCUCUCGCGAAAUACUACCCCGGCAGGGGCCUCGGGCCGAUGUACUUUGUCCACCACUACUUGCCCCACACCGUCCGUGACUUAUUGCUGAGAACCUUUUUCAUCAAGCCCAAGCUGCCCAGGGCCCUGCAGUUGAAGCAGAGCGAGGCCCCCCACGCCGACUGACACUCGUUUUGGUCCCCGGGACACGAGAAGCCAAGGGGGGGACGUCUCCCCUCCGUCCCUCCCGCUACCAAACGAGCCCCCGGUGGAAUGUGCUUCCGCUGGAGAGGUUAUCCUUUUGAUCGCUUGGUGCCCCUCCAUCAUGGUUUGGAAUUGCCUUGGGAGGUGAGGGGAAGGGAAGGCACCCAUCGUCCCUUCCUUUCCUACAGUGCAAGAAGCCAAAGUUCUCAGAAGAUGCUGGGGGGAGGGGCCACAGCCAGUUCAGUGGGAGUUGUACAGGUGGUCUGGAGGAAUGAGGUGGGGAGGGAUCCCCAUCCUUGGCCUUUCUCUCCCCAGCUGGCUUCUCUCUUACACCUCAGCCAUGCGAUAUACCUCCAUAAACUCGGACUAAAGCCAAACCAACCUUUCCUUGCUGCUCGGAGACCCGUGAUCUCAGUCAUAGCGGGUCCCCCUCCAAGAGACAACAGACAUUUCCUUGACUUGCCAAGUAGACCAACCAUACCUUUGCUGCUGCUGGGUGGGGUGGGUGGGUACUUUGCAAGCCCUCCUACCCUUUCCUCAGAGUCUCAGCGGCAUGCAGGAGCUGAGCCAAGAAGGCCGUGUUGCCUCUGGCAACGGGCAGGGACCUCUCAUGCUGACAAGCCACCAUCGUCACAGGAAGAAUUAAAUAAAAAUAAGUUAUUUCCACUUUGUCUACAUCUCUUGGGGAGUCUUCAUGAAAGUGUCAGUCUAGA